AUGAGCAAAGUGAUGGACGGCUCACGGAGUUUUGCGAAAGACAUCAAGCCAUGUCGUCGCAAGGCCACAGCGAGGGCUGAAGAUAAAAAGAGGAAAGAACUACAAGUGGGCUGGUUCCAUGCUAUUCGUGUGACUGUAUUUGAUUCAUUGUAUUUACCAAGUGGUAUUGUAAGCAGUCUGUACGAUCGAUGGUACGGACCACUUCCGGAUCGAUUGUAUCAAUAUAUCACUGAGCAUGCGCAGAGAGGUAAUCCUGAUAGUGCAAUGUCAGCCUUUGAUCGUUUCAAUAACGAAAGACAAUGGACAUGGUGCCUUGGACCAGCAAAAGCAAAAAUCAUUGGACACAUCAUUAAAGAGAGACAACCAUUGGCGUGUCUGGAGCUGGGAACUUUUGUUGGCUACUCAGCUAUUAACGCUGCCAGGAACCUACCGAAGGGGGCACGAUACAUCUGCGUUGAACCGAAUGAACAGUAUGCCAAGGUCUGCAGAAAAAUUGUUGAAUUUACCGGCUUGGAUGAUACGAUCCACAUUAUGGAGGGCUAUUCACAUGACGUCAUAAAACAACUUGGUGCCCAACCCCAGAAAGCGGAAUUUGAUUUCUUCUUCUUCGAUCACCAGAAAAGUGUAUAUAAAUCUGAUUUAUUACUCAUGGAAAAGGAAAAUUUAAUUAGACCAGGAAACGUCGUUAUAGCUGAUAAUGUCAUUACGAGUGGCGCGCCGGACUAUCUCGAGUACGUCCGGAGUUCACCGAAGUAUCGUUCGGAAUUCAUCGAGAGCCCUCUGCAGAAUACUGCUCUGAUGGAUGGUCUUGAAAUAUCUGUGAUGGUUUGAGUGACGAGUUUAAUGUCUGAAUAUGUUAAAAUAGAUACGACCCUGCAGCAUCAAAAGCACUACUUCAAAUCUUCACCUACUCAAAUAUGGCCAGGUUUGAACCCAUAAUGCAACAUUCUUGGCAGUGUACCUUACUGGAGAGAACACAAUAUCCCACAGAGUGUUCACAGAGUGUUCACAGUGUGGAUCACUAUGUGGAAUCACCCUCACAAAUAAAUUAAAUAAAUUGUGUUUACUUUCACUCACGGAUGAUACAUCAGAGCAAGCAAAGAGAGUAUUGUCCCCCCCCCCCUAAAAAAAAUCAUAUAUUUAGACUUUUUAAAUAUUUCAUCAAAGGUUUAGCAUUUGGAAAAGUGAAAUUCAUUACCAGCAGGGUUGGGCUCAAUCACAAGGUAAUUGAUCAAUUCCGUAAUUACAUGUUUUUGAGUACGGUAAUCAUGGUCCUGACCUUUGGAAUCCUCUCCCAGACUCAAUUAAAUCCUCUUGCUCCCUACACUCAUUCAAAGCUAAAGUUAAGGUCAUGUUACUAUCGGAAUAUGUAAAAUAAACUUUCUUGUGUCAUAAUCAUGUUCUAAUAUUCCGUUUCCAUCAUCAUUAACAUUAUUUCCACCACCACCACCACCGUCACCACUAUCAUCAUCAUCAUCAUCAUCUUCAUCAUCUUCAUUUGUCAUUAUCAUUAUUAUGAUUUUUUUUUAACUUGAUUAUAUAUAUUAUAGCAAGUUUUGGCUUGUUAGAUUUUGUUCUUUUCUUUUUUAUAUUAUACUUAAUUGAUACUUUAAUAAUUUGUUAUUGUCCAUUCUGCUCAUAAUAUGAUUAUAUGGUUAAAAUAUGUUUCGGUUUGUCAUAUUUUUCAAGCAUUUUUUUGCUAACUAUGGCAAUCCAUCUUCUGAUAUUAAUUUUAUGCUAAAUGAUUUAUACCUGAUUUAUUGUUAAUAUAUGUUUGUUACAUUUAUGUUAUAUUAUAUUGUUAUCUAGAAGAAAAAUAAAUUCAAAUCAAACAAUCAAAUCAAAUUGUAAUCAUUGAAGUUUUGAAAGGGAAAGUAAUUGAAAAAAAGGAAAUUGACUUCAAUUAUUGUCAAACAUUUAAUUACUUUACUUACUUAAUUUAUGAUUUAAUUUCAUGACCUUUUUCAUGUCAAUCGCUUCAGCCUCAAAGAGAGUAACAGGCAGAAUCCGUGAUCUUUAACCCAAACCUUCAUCUUGUCAGUUUCUCUGUAACUUAGAAUUACCGGUAUGUUGAAAUAGGUGGUACUAUUGUACAGAAUAAAAACUGGUUUCAUUUAUGACUUAUAUAGAAAGUAAUUGAAAUUGUAAUUGACAAAAGUAAUUGGUAAUUGUAAUUGAAAAAAAGUCAUUUAAAGAAGUAAUGGUAAUUGAACAUUUCUUCAAUUACAUAAUUGUAAUCGAAGAAAGUAAUUGCCCAUUGCCCAACCUUGUUUACCAGGUAGAUAUCCAAAGAAAUUUGAUAAAAGAAUUUAUGCUAAAAAGUAUUAGUGAUUUGCCAACUAUUUUUCAAUUUUAUGAAUUUCUUUAUUCGUGUACCCAGCUCUUCCACCCCCAUCAAAGUUCGAUUUGCAACACAUAAAAACGGAUCAUUUACAUGUCAUUUUUAGUGUUUCCUCUGCAUAGGGAUAGCUGUCUUCUGACCCAUGCAAUAACAAUUUCUUUGCACAUUUUAUGCAUUAGAGUGCCAUAUGCAAAAUUAGAUGUCUGAUAUGUUUUGACUAAUCCCAAUGCCUGAACUUAUACUGCUGUUUCAUCAAGCAUUACCAUUGGUGUUCCAAACACUUACUAGAACUUUCCUAUUCACAAAAAACCAAUAUCUAGGGAUAGGGAUAUCAUAUAUAAUUUCAAGUUGAUGCUGCAGUGUUUUUAAUUUCAAUUUUCAAGCCUAAACUUUAUGGAGUAUGGACAGGAGAAAAAUAACUCAGUUUAAUAAGCGUAAAUAAAAAUGGCAUGUGUAUCAGGAGCAACUUCACGGUCCUGAAGUUUGGAACACUUUGCCGAAUAACAUUAAACAAGCUACAUCUCUUUUUUCCUUUAAAGCUUUGUUAAAAAGGUUUCUUGUAUCAAAGUAUUUGUAAAAAUCUCACCUGCACGUGCACCCACAUCUGCACCACUUCACCUGACCCCUUUACCCUCUCCCCCUUUUUUUCUUAACAUUUCAAAUAAUUAUGUGACAUCAUUAUUAUAGACCCAUGAAUUUUUCUCUACAAUGGUUUUCAUGUAGCUGCCUUCCUCUGGCUGCUAUUCUCUCAAGCAUUUUGCUUAUGAUAGCUAGCCACUGCAUUUUAUUUUAUAUAUUAUUGCUUACAUGUAUAUCUAUGUAAAUUAUUCUUAUAUUAUGUAAUCGUCGCAAUUUGUAAUUAUUUCAUUUAUUUUUGUAUUUCUUUAUAUUCAUUAUGAUUACUGUGUUUCAUAUAUUGAAUUUUCAAUAAAUGCAGAAACACCUGC